AAGGACUCAUUUAAUCUCAACCAUCUAUUUUUAAUCUGAUGGUUGUAAUUCAUUCUUACAUAAGUUACUCAUUCUUAUGUGAUAUGCCCCAUAUAUCACGUUUGCAUUCCUUUCAAUUGCAUUGUUAGGAAAAAGAAAUUACUAUUUUUUUACUGAAAAUAUUUUAAAGCUCCCAUUUAAUUAGUUUUUUCUUAAUAAAAAACAUCACUCCUAAAACAAAGGUUAUAGAGUAAGAAAAAAAGGAAAAUCUCACAUAAUUUCUUGGUUUUGUCAAGUCCCCAACAUAGCAACCUUAUUUUUCUCUAACAAAUUCCCUACUCCGACUAUUUUGGAUCAUCAAGACAUUCCAACCUCCAACUUGAGAAUGUUUCCCAAUAUUUUCUUACCAUCUUCUCUCCUCACCUUUCUCCACAAACUUCUCACUCAAACACAAACCUUUCCCACACAAUCAUACUUUCUGUGUUUGUCUAUGCAGUCUCACAUGCAUCGACAUCAUUAACAAAUUUUGAUACAUUUUUAUUAUUAGUUAGCCUCUGAAUAAAAACUCUUAUGGCAUUGUUUAAGACUCGUAACAGUAGGAGAUCAUCAUCACCAUCAUAUGUAUCAACCUUGGUAACAUUAGGAUUUAUAGCACUAUGUGUUUUUGGUGUAUGGAUGCUAAACUCCAACUCCUCCAACUCUAUGUUUUCGUCGAAAACACAAAGCGAAGAAGAGAUUACCAGCACCCGAACGGCUAUUGAUACAUCCGAUAACACGAACAACGAUUUCUCUACCUCCGAUGAUUCACAACAAACCAAAACUAAAAACACAGAAGAAUUGGUACAAACCACAACCGUUGUCCCUAAAAUCGAAGAACAAAAGGAAACUCCCACGGCUGUCUAUGGAGAUAAUCCUGGUCAUCUACCCGAUGAUGCCAUCAAAUCUGACGACAAAAACUUAAACAACGAUCAGAAUAAACAACAAAGUGUUGUUAGUGACUCUCAGAUAUCAGAGGAAAGCUCGUUAACACAAAAAGAACAAGUUUCUGCAAUACAUGAAUCUAAGUCAGACAAUGAUGGGAAAGUUUCCGAGUCUGAGAAAGUCCAACAAAGUAACAUUGAAAGCUCCGGAGAAAACAAAAAGGAAGAACAAGAUAAUACCAAGUCUCAAGAUGUUACAGAAUCUAAUGACGUAAAUGUAGCUGAAAACCAAGAACAAAGCACGGUACAGCAACAAGAUGUUCCAACUUUCGACACACAAGGGUCUAAAAACGAUGAAGAUGAAGCAAAUAAAGAACAAUUGAGAGAAGACAAAGGCGAGAUUGAAGAGCAACAAAACUCUAAACUUUCUAAGACAGCAUCAGAGAAAAAUGAAGGUGAGGAAACAGUCAAGCCAAAAGCAGAGAAGAAAGGAGGGAAGUCAAAGAAGCCGUGGUCAACGCAAGCUGAUCAGUCACAAAACGAAAAGAAGAGACAGAAAGGUGAUGAAUCAGGUGGAAAUGAGAAGAAACUGCAAGACAACAAGUGGUCUCUAUGCAAUGUUACUGCAGGUGCUGAUUAUAUUCCUUGUUUGGACAAUGAAAAAGCCAUUAAAAAGUUACGUUCCACAAAACACUUUGAACAUAGAGAGAGACACUGUCCUGAGGAAGGACCUACUUGCCUUGUGCCACUUCCUAAUGGUUACAAAACAUCCAUCAAAUGGCCCAAUAGUAGAGAUAAGGUAUGGUACCACAACGUACCGCACACGUCGCUGGCCGAGGUUAAGGGACAUCAGAAUUGGGUGAAGGUGUCAGGUGAAUUCUUGACAUUCCCAGGAGGUGGCACUCAAUUCAUUCAUGGAGCUCUACACUACAUUGAUUUUCUCCAACAGGCUGAACCUGAUAUUGCAUGGGGAAAGCGCACAAGGGUGAUUUUGGAUGUUGGGUGUGGGGUUGGAAGUUUUGGCGGUUACCUAUUCGAUAGAGAUGUUGUUGCAAUGUCUUUAGCACCGAAAGACGAGCAUGAAGCACAAGUUCAAUUUGCCCUCGAGAGAGGCAUUCCUGCCAUAUCUGCUGUCAUGGGUUCUCAAAGGCUUCCAUUCCCCAACGGCGUUUUUGAUCUUAUUCAUUGUGCACGUUGUCGAGUACCUUGGCAUGAAGAAGGUGGCAAGCUGCUAUUGGAAUUGAAUCGGGUUUUGCGACCAGGUGGUUAUUUUGCUUGGUCUGCUACUCCUGUAUACCAAAAGCUUGAAGAAGAUGUUGAGAUAUGGAAGGAAAUGACCUCACUAACUAAGGCCAUGUGUUGGGAGCUUGUGACUAUCAACAAGGAUAAACUGAACCAUGUUGGUGUCGCCAUUUACCGCAAACCCGCUUCUAACGACUGUUAUGAACGAAGAGAGAAAAGCCAACCUCCACUAUGCAAGGAUGAUGAUGAUCCAAAUGCUGCCUGGUAUGUACCUCUGCAGGCAUGCAUGCACAAGGUGCCUGUUAACAAGGCUGACAGAGGAGCCAAAUGGCCUGAAGUUUGGCCUAAACGGCUGCACAAAGCCCCAUAUUGGUUAAACAACUCACAGGUUGGGAUCUAUGGAAAACCAGCUCCCAAAGAUUUUGUCGAAGACACUGAACGUUGGAAAAAUGCGGUGGACGAGUUGAGCAACAUUGGUGUAACUUGGUCUAACGUGAGAAACGCCAUGGACAUGAGAGCUGUCUAUGGAGGAUUUGCAGCUGCACUGAGGGAACUUCCAAUUUGGGUGUUCAAUAUAGUGAACAUAGAUGCUCCUGACACACUACCAAUAAUCUAUGAGAGGGGUCUUUUUGGGAUAUACCAUGACUGGUGUGAAUCAUUCAGCACAUAUCCACGAACUUAUGAUCUACUUCAUGCAGAUAAACUUUUCUCAAAGACAAAAGAGAGGUGCAAACUUAAUCCUGUUAUAGCAGAGGUGGAUAGAAUGAUGAGACCGGGAGGGAUGUUCAUUGUUCGCGAUGAAUCUAGCAUCAUUAGCGAAGUGGAAACCUUGUUAAAAUCUCUACAUUGGGAAAUAACCUACUCCAAAGAACAAGAAGGUUUGCUCUCUGCAAAGAAAGGAACCUGGCGGCCUAAAUCUGUAGCUUCUUCCUGAUAAUGGAUACACCAUUCCUGCUUUAAUUUAAGGUUCCUUCUCAUACAAAUCUGAGAAGAGGCAGUAACAUGCUUCAGGUUCUAUGCCACAAAAGUUAUCCAGAAAACAGUUACACAAUUUUUAUUUUCAUAGCAUAUAUAUCUCAGUUUUCAGUUUAAUUGUCCCGAGAUACACAGAUUCAUACCACACACACAGAUUUUGUCGUACAGGGAAAACCUACAUGCAGAUUUAGAUUUUAGCUGUCAAUAUAACAUGUCUUGUUAUUCUGUUAUAUAUGAUUACAUUAAGUACUAGUAAAUUCCUAAUUUAUUAGAUUACUCAAAACAGAACUAUUGUAUUUAUUUUAUAUGGUACAAAGCCAAUUUGUUUGGUACAAAAACAGUACCAUUCUAUUAAAUGGUCAUAGUUUAUAAGACACAAUUUGACAUUGGUUCUUUGUAGGCCUGUGGUUUUACUUCUUUGAUUAUCAAGCCAUUACUUGAGAUAGAUUCAAUGAAACAAUAGUCUGAUAGAAAUAUUGCUGAAAUCACAUUCAGGUUCAUAAC